UGAUCAAAUGGUUUGCUUAUUUAUUUGGAUUGAAAUAUUUUCCUCUAUUAAAGUUAAAUUGGUUUAAAAUGAUUAAAUUUAAUCUCUUUGAUUGGAUACGAGUUUAUAUUGACCAUCACAGUUCCGAUGGUCAGUUACUGUCCCAUUUAAAGUAUAUGAAUGAAAGUGGUCAGUUUUGGUUAGUCUGUUGUCGAGGUUAUUCACAGAGGGGGAAAAUUUCCCGUCGACAAAAAGUGGCCUCAUUUGGAUUGGAUUUUAUUUGCUUAUCACUGGUCAGUUACAUUGUUUAUCUUGCAUAUAUCGAAACGGAGUCCGUUCAAAUAAUGACCUCAGUGUUUAUCUUGAUCAAUUUUCUCGGUAUCCGUUGGGCCUCAAUUUAUUGUGAACUUACCAAUCAGUUUACUAUACUUCGUGUUUUGGAUGACCUUUUGUUUGCUGGUCAUUUUGACGGACUUAUUGACCUAAUGGGUCCAGUUAAUUGUAGACUAUUUAAAAAAUUCACUUUUAUUAUGGUCAAGUUUAACUCGUUUGCCGUUUUUGCCGCUGCACCGGGACUCGUUUUGUAUAAUAUAUUUGCCGUCCUCCGACUUGAGGUCAUUCAACAGCUUUUCCAAUCUGAUCGAGUUGAAAUUGACCGGUUAAGUGACCUAUGGUGGUCGAUUGAAAAUCGAUACAAUCUACUAAUUGUUGUACCCGGUCUUGUAAUUACCAUUAUUUUUUUACUCCAAAAUGUAGCCUGGUGUUUCACCCAUAUCAUAAUAUUCAUGACCUACUCAACGCUCAUCUUGGAUAAUAUUAUAAAUUCAGCUGAUCAUCAUCAUAGCUCAUCGGUUGAUUGUUCAAAAUAUUGGCGAGCAACUAAUUAUUGUUACAAUCAAAUCAAUAUAAUGAAACAACAAUUUAGCCCAAUCACUUUCUAUGGAUUCAUGUUGGGCUGUUUUGGAACUGAUUUUGCCCUUUUCACUGGUUGUAUUUACGGAACUGGAAAUUCAACCUUAAACUUAAUCAUCGCUGGACUUGGACUAUUGGCGGUCAGUAUGUUGACCAUGAUAAACAUAACCGCAGCUCAGGCCAUUCGUAAGAUUAACUAUUGUGAGAAAUUAAAUUAUCGCCUUUCUUAUUCCUGUAAAUGCUCAAUUAGUAUCAAAUUAAAGAGAUUGUCAACAAUUAGACGAAUGCAAAUCUCACCAAUUGGUUUUUAUGUUGGAAAUUUGUUUCUAAUGGACAAUUAUCGUUACUUUGUGGUAAGCAAUUAACCCUUUAAACAAUUAAUAUCCAACA